AAUUUGAAAUCGCCGCCGAAAACCCCCCCAAAAACGAAACCGACUCAAAAAAAAAAAAAAUCCCCCAAAUCGACAUUCCUCUCCGCGGAUCGAUCGGCCGCGAAGAUGCCAGCCGCCGACCCCGCCACCGCGCUGGCGCCGGCGCCGACCCCGCCGCCGGCGCGCGGGACGGCGGCGGGGCCGCGGCUGCUGCUGCUGCAGUCGCCGCCGCCCGCCUUCCCGCUCGGCUCCAACGACGACCAGCUCGAGCGCGCCCGGGCCCGCGCCGCCGCCCGCGCGGCCUCCGUCCGCCGCCGCUCCCUCGCCGCGUCCCUCGCCCCCAGGGCGGCGGCGCAGCAGCAGCACGACCUCCUCAACCGCGACCAGGUCAUGGACCUCUUCCACAACUGCAUCAAGCUCGCCUCCGAGAACAAAAUUAACCAGAAGAACACGUGGGAGCUGGGGCUCAUCGACCACCUCAGCGAGAUCAUCCAGGCCGGGGAGGAGGACGACGACGAGACCAAUUUCCAGAAGGCUAGCUGCACGCUCGAGGCGGGCGUGAAGAUUUACUCUUUGCGUGUAGAUUCAGUGCACUCUGAGGCGUACAAGGUGCUUGGAGGCAUCAACCGUGCUGGAAGAGGCGAUGAGGCUGAUUCAGAAGAAGGUAGCAAUCCAAAGCAUUCACAAGAAGGUACAAACAAAAAGGAUGCAGAUAGGAGGAUAUCACCCACAUCAACUUUGGAGUCCUCAUUUGAUUCGCUUAAUGUAAAGAAGUUUGAUGUUGCCUUCACGGUUGAUCCUUUGUACCAUCAAACUACCGCGCAAUUUGAUGAGGGUGGGGCAAAGGGUCUCUUGUCAUAUAACCUCGGAGUAUAUGACAGUUGCCGUGUGCUCUUUGAUUCGUUUGAAGCACCUGACAAGUGCAUCUUAAGUGAUAUGCAAACUGAGAUGGCUGAGUUGAUUGGUCUUUCAUUUGCUAAAGAGCAAAUCGAGCAGAUGAUAAUUCAUAUGCCCCUCUGCAAUGAUAUUUCUCCUACCUUGAGCAAUAUAGUUUAUCAGUUUGAUGAUGAAAACCGAAGACCACCUCAUGAAGCAAUUUCUAGGCAAAUUCCAGUGAUGGAAGAUCAGGUGGUUGACGGUAAUGAUGUGGCGAAUGAUGACAUCACACAAAAUGAUAUGCAAAAUGAUUGUGGAACUUGGGAUUUUGGAGGUUGUGAUGAUCAAGAGAGCGUGUAUGAUGAACACUGUGACCCAAUGGAUCAUAGCUCCAUGAACGGUCAAGAGGAAACUGAUGAGUACACUUUUGAGUCUGCUGAAGGUCUUGAUGUAAAUGAAAGAAUUGACAAAAUUGCAGAUUUCUUGUCAUUUGGCAUGGGAUUCUCUGCAAAAACAAAUGCCUGGGCAGGACCUGAGCAUUGGAAAUAUCGAAAAGCUAAAGAUUUGGACCCUGUCCCAACUAAACCUGAUGAUUCAGACGCCCCAAAAAAGACAAAGAAGAAAAGAGGCAAGGAUGAACCUGACAUUGAUUUCAGCAAAGCAUUGGAACAUGAUAUGCCAAAUAUCUUUGCACCUCCUAAGAAUUCAAAAUCAUUGCUGCUGCCGGCAAAUAGGGCUACCAGCAAUAACAAACUUCCAGAGGAUUGCCAUUAUAGACCUGAAAGCCUUGUUAAAUUAUUCCUUCUUCCGGAUGUUUUGUGUCUGGCUCGGAGAAGGAAAAAACCACUUGUAGGUGGUUCAAGGGAGAAUACUGAUGACUUCAUCCCAUCUGAACCUUGGGAUGGUGAUGAUUUUUGUAAUGAUCAUGUCGAUGAAGGAAAUGGUGAUACCGAUGUAGAGGAUGCAGUAGAUCUUAUUACCAAACCAAGACAGGUCAACAAGAUUGAUAUACAAUAUGACAAGGUAUCAAAACAAGUCGAUGUUCAUGCCUUGAAAGAAGUGCUCUGGAAUCACAUCAAUACAUCUGCUGACACUGAUGACCUGGAAGACAAGGACACAGAAUCACCCCUGUGCCUAUCGAAAGUAUUGCAAGAUCUUCCAAGCUGCAACCCUGAUGCUGCAGCAACAGAAAUUUCACCGCACCUAUAUUUCAUUUGCCUCUUGCAUUUGGCAAAUGAGCACAGCUUGACCUUACGUGAUCGUCCAACAUUGGAUGAAAUUGACAUAUACAUUCCUGCUUCAUCUCUCGUGAAGUAAUCCUGUAGUUCAAUAUGUUGUGCAUGUUUGUUUUAUUUUUUGUUGGUUAGGGACUUCUCGUUCUCGGUGUAUUAUUAGAUUGCCUUGUAUGUUGAAGAUUAUGUAUUAUGUAAUGAGCAGCAGAUUAUUGGAUUGCGCUAAGCUAAUAUAUAGGUAACCUAUCAUUUACUCUAGUUGACCUAAUGAACUAUAUAUAAAAAUAUAAAGUAGAGAAAA